AUGGCUACGUCAUUAUAUCUGACGCCAGUCCCCUCCCUAAACUCGGUAUUGAAUUCAUCAAAGCUGUCUGUGAAUAAUGAGCGAGCUGCACAUAACUUUGCAUACUUGGAGCACGACUUGGGAGAGGCAUUUGCUUCCCGCUCAGAAGACGAGAGUAUCAAUGCUUUCGUUCGAUUCCUCUUUGCAUUCACUGGCUUGAGAGAACUAUGCUUCGAGUUGACCUACGGUUAUUCCGGGUCUAGCAAUUUUAAACACUUUUGUAUCGUAGCAACAUGCGAGCCAGACAGCCCUAUCAGUUCCCCCGGCGCAAAUCACAGCCCUAUCAUCGAUAUGACUCGCCAUGAUUGGAGCAAUGUCUCAGACUCCUGCAGCCCUGGGUUUGUGUUGAGCCUGCCCACGGUUCAAGAAUGCAAUGAUCUCCAGAACUAUAGUCCUUCCAAUGCAUGUUUGGUUAUCGAGAUUUGCCGAAGCAGGAUUCGUUUGCGAUAUGACUGUGCAUUGAUGCCCGUGAAAAUCGCCUCUUCUGUCUUUGCUUCUCUCUUGUCAUAUCUUGGACAGAGCGGUGUGACUUUGAGGAGGUCGGUAAUCAAUUACCCGCCUCAUCCAGAGCCACCGCUCCUCCGACAAGAUGCAAACUGGUCGGAAGGGAAACCUCCGAUUGGACUGCAUACUGCAUUCGAGCGUCGAGCAAAGCAAUAUCCGGACCGGAUUGCACUGGAUUUCCUCAGUCAUGCCAAAACAUCUGCCAGACCUGCAAUUCAUGAGAUCUUGUCGUAUGCUGAGCUAGACUCCGUCUCGAGCUAUCUCAGUGCUAAGCUCCUAGAACACUUUUCUAAAAAUUCUCAUCAGUGUCAACCUAUCAUUCCGUUCUGUGCUUCUACAUCUGUAUCAUUCUAUGUCUCCUGGCUCGCUGUUUUGAAAGCCGGCUUUGCUUUCUGUCCUAUACCCCUUGACGCCCCGAACUCGCGGAUACAUGGCGUAUUUCAGGACAUAUCUGCAUCAAUUGCACUUGGUUGUGGCAAAAGGUCAAGCCAAAGGGUACUGGCUGCAGAUGAACAGUCAGGCCAAAAGUACCUCGAUUCAUUACAUUGGAUCGACGUCGAAGAAGUCUUCGCAGACUGGAGAUCGCUGCCUCAGGACCAACAUGCUGUCAGAAGAUCAGUCGAUGUACUUGGUACAGACUUGGCGUAUGUUAUGUCUACAAGUGGAUCUACAGGGAGCCCAAAAGGUGUCCGGAUAUCCCAUCUCGCUGCAACUAUUACCAUUAGUUCUCAUGAGCGACUCCUUAGUGACAGCUGGUACGCUCAUGAGUUUCGGUGGUUUCAGAUGGCACCAACAACAUUUGAUCCAUCGGUGGUGGAAAUGUUCCUAACAUGGUCCACUGGCGCCACUUUGUGUUCGAGUCAUCGCGAACUCACCCUCACUGAUCCAGAAGGUACUAUCAACGAGCUCUCUGGAAACAUCGUCUUUACAACUCCAAGUCUGGCUAGUGUACUGCAUCCUGAAAAUGUACCUAGUUUAAGGUGCCUCUGGGUAUCUGGGGAAGUUAUAAAUCCCAAAGUUGUCCAGAGCUUCGCGCGUGACUCACCAGCACGAUCUAGUACAUUCAAAGAUGGGUUGUCUUACGAGGGCUUGACCAAUAUUUAUGGACCGACUGAAGCUGCUAUACAUUGCACAGCUUCCGUUGAUAUAUUGGUCAACGACAGACGGACUGUCGUUGGUACCCCGUUUGAGACAUGUUCCCUGUUUAUAAUAGAUCCUAAAGCUGCAGGUACGACCAUACUCCCUAUGGGCUUUUCAGGCGAGCUUGCUAUUGGAGGCCCUCAGCUUAGCGAAGGCUAUCACAAUCGACCUGACCUGACCGCAAAAGCCUUCGUGACGAGCCCUGAGUUUGGUCGCAUGUAUCGAACAGGAGAUCGUGCACGAUUUGUACAGAGUCCGUCUGGUCAGCUUGUUGUGGACUUUCAGGGCAGAUUGAAUGACGAUCAAGUCAAAUUAAGUGGCAGAAGAACUGAGCUAGGGGAUAUCGAAGCUGCGUUCGUCGACGUCGAAGGCAUUCGGGAGUUGGCUGCGACAGUCUUCAAGUAUGAUGAGUCUGCUAUUGGGUCAGAAAGACCAGUAGUAUGCGUCGCUCUCAAGCCUGACACUGAUGAAGAGAUUCUCCUUUCAAAUUGUCGACAAAUAGCUGAGGCGAAUUUGCCUGCCUAUAUGCGUCCAGCUGAGUAUUUCUUCGUUGAUGCCCUACCGCGUACGUCGUCAGGCAAGGUGAAAAGAUCGAUCCUUCAGCAGAUCUUCAGUGACUAUCGUACAUCCAAGCUCGGCAACAAUCAAAGUACAAAUCUAGAUGAAGAUUUGGACGAUGAAGUGGUUGAGACACUCCGACUUUGCAUUGGUAAGCUACUUGGUAUUCCGGUGAAAUCCAUCAAGCUCAACGAGCCUUUGAUCGGCCUUGGAAUCGACAGUCUACAAACGGUGCGGCUGCUUCAACUUCUACGAAUGAAUAAAGUCACUGGUUUGACCGUCAGUGACGUGUUGCAGAGCCAAACUAUCAAAAACAUUGCCAAUUUAUACCAUACAAAGUCGAAAAAUCAUGAUCAAUGUAAUUAUUCCCCGCCGUCAAGACACUGGAUUUUAGCUGCUUUCCGCCAGAAGCACGAAUCCAACUGUGUCAAAACACUGGGUCUAGCGCCAGAUGACUUGGAAAAUGUGCUUCCAACAACGGCAAUCCAGACAAGUAUUCUUGCAAGUUUUGUCAAAAACCUACCAAAGUCACGCAAGGCAUUCAUUGAGCAUUCAAUAUACCGGCCAGCACAAUAUGUUGACAUGGACCAGUUGAAGGAGGCCUGGAUAUCAUCGUUACAAGACGCCCCCAUAUACCGCACCGUGUUUACCGAGGUCGACGACGCGCUCUCGCCAUUCGCUCAGUGUAUUCUAAGUCCCAGUUCAAAAUUUUCAGAUGCACGAUCGAGGGUCAUUGAAAAUUCGUCCAGAUCAGCAAACAAGACUCUGGAUACUAUCAUCAUGGAUAUUGAGAGAAAGAUCGACCUCACAGAGCCUCCCUGGAUUCUCUCUUUUAUAUCGGAGAAUGGUACCACGGUUAUUAUAUUGAGCCAAUGCCAUGCAAUAUUCGACGGCGGAUCUAUGCAACUACUCGAAGAAGCUGUGUGGGAACGUUACCAUAAUCGUGACAUCACAAAGAGGACAACGGUCGAUAUCGCCGUCGCUAGACAUUUUGACGCCGACCACAUUGACGCAGCAGACUAUUGGAAAGCCCAAUUUCAAGACUUCACUCCGGUUAAAUUUCCUUGCUUAUCAUAUGCGAGGCCGUCCCUAGUAUCCUCAGACUCGAUGGUGACAGAGACUACUGCGAAGUUGAGUUUCUCGUCGUUGAUCCAAGGCGCCAGAAAACUUAAAGCUUCACCGCUCGCAACUCUACAAGCAGCCUGGAGCAUAAUUCUCAUGGCCUUUAGUGGAUACUCCACUGAUGUAGCCAUGGGCAGUAUCGUGUCUGAUCGACUAAAUGAAGACCUUACCAACUGUAUCGCCUUGACACAUGCAAUAGUUCCAUUAAGAGUAAGAGCGAAAGCCGACGAUAGGGUAUCUGAUGUGCUACAACGCUUGACGAAGCAUAGCUCCGAAGCUAUCAAUCACCAUCAAAUGCCACUUGACGCACUAAGAACCACAGAAAAUACUAUGCUAUACGAUACCACACUAGCAUUUCAGGCUUUUACGCAAGCAUCUAAUGCGCAGGCUCUGUGGGGACCUGUGGAGACACCUGCAAUGAACGCAGACAUUCCGAUCAUGCUUGAGAUCUUUCCACAGGAGAAAGACGAGCUACAACUUCGAGUCACGUAUAAGAAUGCGCACCUCAAUCCAUCAGCAGCAUCAAUGCUACUGGUACAGUUUGGGGACAUUAUCACUUGGCUCUUAGAGAAUCCGGCAGCACGGUUCCUUGAUGCCCAAUUUGCAGGCCAAAAAAGUACUUUAUCAAUAUACCCAGUAGAGGCUUGCAACACGCAGAAUACAUCUGAGAUCUUGUUGCACGAUCUCUUCCAGCGGAACAUCACUGGAUCAUCGUCAAAAGUAGCUUUUGAGUUUCAAGCGCAGCUUAACAACGCCAGCAAUGUUACCCAGUGGACGUAUGAAGAGCUUGAUUUGAGAGCUACGAAUCUGGCUGGUAUCCUCGUACAGAAAUAUGGCUCUCUGAGAAAGUGUAUAGUUCCUAUCUGCAUGGAUAAAUGCCCAAAGCUGUACAUCGCCAUCCUGGCUCUUCUGAAAGCAGGAGCUGCUUGGUGCUCAAUCGAUGCUACAUUUCCCUCCAACAGGAAACGAGAGCUUAUCGCAAGAUCAGGCGGGCCAAUAGUGCUUGUUCAUGAGUCGUGCACGCCUGAUUCUGUUCCCGGUGGGGUUAUUAUUGUAGACCUCUCCUCCCAGGACCUUAAUGUUAACCCUCGAAAUAGUACCACACCAGCCGUUGAUCCACCGCAAAUAUCUGAAGACGAUAUGGCGUACAUGAUAUUUACAUCAGGGACCACUGGACCCCCAAAAGGCGUGCCAAUCACGCACAAGUCUGCAGUAGCAGCAAUCAAGGCCCUAGCACACGCUAUUCCCACGGAUGUCAAAGGAGGUCAAGUUCGAUGCCUCCAAUUCUCCGGCUUCACUUUUGAUGUCUUCGUCCAAGACCUUUUUUACACAUGGGCAGUGGGAGGAGCCGUCAUUUCUUCGACGCGUGAGAUCCUUCUUGGCUCUAUCACGGAACUUUGCAAUGCAACGAGGGUGACGCAUAUCCACUGCACACCUGCAUUUGCUGGUACACUCUCACGCAAAGAUUUCAACACGGUGGAGGUCGUGACCAUGAUUGGGGAAAAGCUAUCGCAAUCUAUCGCAGAUGAUUGGAGUCAGGGUACUAGAGCCUACAACACCUAUGGACCAGCGGAAGCAACGAUUGUGUCAACGAUGCGUCAAUUCGGCGCAGAUGGUGACUUGCACAACAGCUCCAACAUAGGGCUCCCGCUACCGACCGUCGGAGCGUAUGUCCUUAAAGACGGGAAGCCUGUCCUCAGAGGUGCUCAAGGAGAGCUUGCACUGUCUGGGGUACAAUUAUCGCCCGGUUACUUCAAAGAUCCAGAAAUUGCUGCAAAGAAGUUCGUCUACAAUACGAUGUUGGACAGGCGAGUCUAUCUCACUGGAGAUAUGGUUCGCCAGCUUUCCGAUGGCACUUUUGAGUUCGUUGGGCGAGAAGACGAUCUAAUCAAGAUCAGGGGCAUCCGUAUGGAGCUUAGUGAAAUCGCAUAUUCGAUACAGGAAUGUCAUAGCUCUGUUGAAAAUGCUGCUGUUUUGUUUUGUGCGCCUACGGACACAUCUGGUGAUGAGAAUAUACUUGCAGCCUUUGUCGUCAGUCCGGAGUUCGCGGAUACCCAGGAUCUGAGAGCUCUCAUAAAUCCAAGAGCAGCUGUUCUUGCAAAAGAGAUUGCUAGGUCGGCGGAGUUGGAAUUACCCGAAGCUAUGCUACCGAAUAUCUACCUCAUGGUAAACCGCAUACCCCAUAGUGUUUCCAACAAGAUCGAUCGCAAAGCCCUCAUCAGGCUCCUACAUUUUAGCGACCUUUCUAAAUGGAGAUCCCUGAUAGAGGGAGAAGGAGCAUCGACGGCCAGUGACUUUAGCGCAUGGCCAGCGAAACACGAAAGCCUUAUCGAAAUAGUGGCCAACCUUACCGGAGUUACAAGGUCCUCGCUUGGGCCUUCUAGUAGUCUUGCUGCUCUUGGCCUCGAUUCCAUCCGAGCAAUUCGCCUCGUUGCUCGUCUAAGAAAAACUGGUUCCUCGAUAUCUGUCAUGGAAGCUCUUAGUUCCCGUACUCUGGCAGAUCUAGCAGCAAAGUCGUCAUCAUCGAAUGCUGAUGGAAAUGCGACAAAGAGUUCGCUAGCCGGAUUUAAUAGUGACUGGCAUGAUCCAGUCAAGCGUCAUAUUACAAGAGGAGGCGCCUUCACAGUUGCUCCAGCUUUAGUCAUACAGGAGAAUAUCCUCAGCGAGACAUUGCGAUCGCCGCAAGCAUACUGGAUUCACCGCGCCUCUUCUCUAGGCUCAGAGAUCGACAUGCCCCGUCUUCGAGCUGCAUGGGAAAACCUGGCUUCUAAUACAUCAGCUUUACGUACUACUUUUCUCGCCACAGCUAGUGUCGCCAACGCCCCGAGCGCUGUUCAGGAUCAUGCUCUGACAUUCCUACAAGUGAUACAUCAAGAUGCGAAUAUCGACUGGUCAGAACGUGAAGUGACUGAUUUUUCGCAAGAGUCUGCAAAGAGACGCGCCAACGAACUAUACGUAAAGCAUCAUGAAGAAAUGUAUUCGCGCCCAUUGUGGGCCGUAACCAUCUUCAAACAUGAAGAGGGCCGAACAAUGCUGUUCAGUAUACACCACUCGGUCUUUGAUGGACCAUCGUUAAGCUUCGUCAUGGAAGAUUUGCAGAGGUACUACGACGGUCUCUCAAAACCGACCAAACGUACUCAAUUGGAAGACGCCGUCAGACAGUCCUCCGUUCUUGACAGCCAAGAAAAUUGCAAUACAUUCUGGCGAAAGACGCUUCAUGGAUUCUCUGAUAAUGAUGAAGCAGACGGCCUUGUCGGCCUCCGAAGCAAGUCAAACUCUGACGACAACAUCGUACACCGGACGCAAGAAUUUGAGAGUAGCUUGAGUUACCAAAAGAUUCGCGACGUAGCUUCAAGGUUUCACAUGACGUCGGCCUCAACGAUAAUCCGACUUGCAUGGUGUCUCCUGCUCUCGGAGAUGCUAGAAAAAGAGAACGUACUACUUGGAGAGGUAGUGGACGAGCGCGUUGUGCACCCUGAUCUUGCGACGGCUAUUGGACCCCUUGUUUCGACGAUACCUGUUCCGUUCAGAAAGAUGCCAGGGCUCAUGAGUGAUGUCUUAAAGACCCAGAGUCAGCUUUACAGGAGUGUCAUGGCAAACCGUUCAGUCAGACCACGAGUAGUCAAAGAAGCCUUGGGCCAAGAUUCCAACGAUAUACUCUAUCCGGCACUUUACAUUUUUAAUGUUGAGAACGAACCCGUUGAUGAGAAAGACGGAAAACCCUCUUUGUGGACCCAGACACCGGAUAUGCUUGACCUCUCUGUUGAGCAUCCAUUGGUGCUGCACGUAUGGCCCAAGGCAGAAAAGCUACAUUUUGAACUUUCUGUCGACCAGAGUAUAGUAUCUGAUGAACAACAGCAGCUACUCUGCAAACAGCUUGAUGCAUUAGUCACUGCCAUGGUGUAUCAUGUUGAUAAGCCCAUUGAACACCUCACUUCCUUUCUCCCAGAAGAACUAUUGUCAAUCACACCACACAGAGAAACGAGAAAAUUUCCUGUUACCGUUUCCCCGACCUAUUGGGUUGAACACUGGGCGGAAAUACAGCCAGAUUGGAAAGCUGUAGAGAUUGCUAGCCAGAUCCAUGAUACUCAUGCGGACUCUGUAUGCUGGACUUACAGUGAGCUUAAUGCAGCUGCAGAGCGGGUUGCACGAUUUUUACGCACAAAGAAUGCCCACCGGAAGGCCAUCGCUGUCUGUAUGGGUAGGACCCUAUGGUCUUUUGCCGUGGCGAUUGGAAUUAUGAAAUCUUCAAACUGUUACGUUCCAAUAGAAGAGAGCUUCCCCGCUGAACGAAAGUCCUUUCUCCUUGAGGACAGUGGUGCAACACUAAUCUUCAGCACUGAAGGGCUUCUCGAUGACGUUGUUAUCCCGUAUGCCUGCAAAGUGAUCGGUAGCAACGAUGAUGAUAUUGAGCGCUGCUUAGAUGAGAGCGACGAACAGGAGACGAAUGACACAAAUGAAGAAAACCUUGACGAUAAUUCCUACCUCCUCUAUACAUCUGGCUCUACGGGCAGACCGAAGGGUGUCAUGGUCAGCCGUGGUAACCUGAGCGCUUUUACUGAAGCCCAGUCUGACUUUAUCUGUGAAGUUGUCCCCGCUACCAGAAAUCUAGGAGGUAAAGGAGCCUACCUUUGUCUUGCCAGCCGCGCCUUUGAUGUUCACAUUGGAGAAAUGUUUCUUGCUUGGAAACAUGGACUUUGUGCUACAUCUGCUUCGCGAACGAUCCUUCUAGACGACCUGGCCCUUGCCUUACGAGUACUUAGAAUUUCACAUGCCAGCUUCGUCCCAUCGUUGCUCGAUCAGACCGGAUUAACGCCAGAUGACGCGCCAUAUUUACACUAUCUCGGUGUAGGUGGCGAGAAGAUGUCUCAGAAGACGAAAAAGCUCUGGGGUGCUCAUGACAGGGUCGGCCUCAUAAAUGCAUAUGGUCCAACAGAAGCUACGAUUGGCCUUUGUUCUACAAAGUUGCUCCCGGACUCCAAUCCCAGCAAUAUCGGCUCACCACUAGGUGAUAGUAGAGCACAUGUGUUGGUACCAAAUUCAGAACAGUAUGUCAAACGUGGUAUGCCCGGCGAGCUCUGUUUCACUGGCAGCCUUAUUGCAAACGGAUAUCACAACCGGCCAGAUGCGAAAGGCUUCGUGGAUGAUUUCCGAGGAUCACGCAUGUAUAGAACAGGUGACAUAGUUCGCAUGAUGCCUGAUUCCAGCAUUCAGUUCCUUGGGAGGAAAGAUGACCAGGUCAAGAUUCGCGGACAGCGAGUAGAGCUUGGUGAAGUGUCCGAGGGUGUUCGUAUGGCUUCCCGAGACCCUAUUGAUGUUGCUUCAUUGGUGUUGAGGCACCCUGAUAGUUCAAGAUUACAGCUAGUGUCCUUCAUUGCAACGUCCAGGUCAAAUACAAAACAGAACCCCGAGCCGCCAACGGUUCUAGAUGACACAGUCAAAGAUAUCAAUAACACCCUGAGGGCUCUAUGUCGCAAGUCACUUGCUGCAUACAUGGUUCCAGAUUUAAUUGUCCCGCUUAGCUAUGUACCUCUCGCUGUCACCUCUGGAAAAGCUGAGAACAAGCUACUCACAAAAAUAUUCUUCGGUAUCUCUCUCAGCAUAUUUCACGGGAACCUAGGCCGCCAUGAUGAUAAAACAAACAGCAUGCUGAAUGAUGAGGAAACUGCGAUUCGCGAUAUUAUCAAAGAAGUUAUUCCCAAAGGAAGUGAUAAUGUAGCCCCCAGCACGACUCUGUUCGAACUUGGAGUUGAUAGUCUCGCUGCUAUCAGUAUAUUCACCAAGCUCAGAGCUAUGGGCUAUAGCUGCAGUGUAGCAAAACUUAUGCAGAACCCCACGAUUGAAGACGUGGCUACCUAUCCCAGAUCUGAUGCGGCGACAAAGACGGCCAGGGAGGCUUCCCUUGCGAAAGCACGCGACCUCAUAUCGCAGAACGAACAAGAAUUGUUCCACCAGGAGGGACUCCCUGUCCCACAGAAUGAAAUUGAGUAUAUCUUACCUUGUAUGCCCUUGCAGGAAACUCUGAUCGCGAGCUCUUUGAUUGAUGCGACAGAUGGGUCAUACAUCAACAACAUCCUUCUAGAAUUGGAAGAGGGCGUGGACGUUGCAAAGCUUGAGAACGCUCUUCGGGAGAUUGUAUCGAGGAAUAGCAUACUGCGAACCAUAUUCGUCCUGAAGAACGACCAUGUCUAUCAAAUUGCUAUCAAGGCUGAGUAUGCUCCGUUAAACUGGACAGUUCAUGACAAUUUAGACAUUGUACUGGAUCAAAAAACCCGAUACGACUUCCUUUCAGACAUUCACAACCAAGAUAUUACGAGCAAAAUCACAACCGAGGCACCUCUUCGCGUAUCCGUUUGGCAAUCUACAAGCACUAGUCGGUAUUGUGCGUGUGUAUCUAUUCAUCACGCGAUAUAUGAUGGCAUAUCUUUGACCUCGCUUUUCAAGGAUCUUCGCGAUCUCUAUGAGUCGAAGCAAAUUUCAAGUAGACCUGGACCAAGACAGAUGGUCGAGUACAUUACUUCUUUGGAUGCAGGUCGCGCAAAAGAGUUUUGGACAAAUUCUAUGUCGAAUUGGCAACGAACAAAGUUACUUGGUGACUCGACAGACACUCACCUUAGCGAGGUAUCACGGACAUUUGAGCGCAGCCUCUCCAAGUUAGAGGACCUUGUGAGACCUAUGAAGCUCACUUUGUCAACUCUACUUCAAGGUGCAUAUGCGCUAUCAUUAGCCCAAGCACAGGACUCGGAUGAUGUUAUCUUUGGACAUGUCCUCUCCGGGCGUACGGGCUCAGUGGAUGGAUCGGAUAAGUUGAUAUUCCCAUGCAUCACGACUAUUCCUCAACGAGCAAACAUUCGAGAAUUUGGUUCCCGCACUAUUACGGACUUACUCUCUAGCCUGCAGUCCAGCGGCGCCCAGGCCCUUGAGUUUCAACAUACCUCCCCACGUGACAUUCAAAGAUGGGUGGGAGCUAACAGGCCUCUGUACGAUUGUCUCUUCUCUGUGGUACUCGGAGGUGGAAUAUACGAGGGCACGUCACCAUGGAGACAAGUGGAAAAUUCCAUUUCUGUCGACUAUGCGCUUGCAGUUGAAUUCGAAAUCGAUUCUAGUAACGAUAUAAUCAAAGCUGGUCUUGGCUUCACGGGUGCCUUUGGCGAUGCCACAAGGGCAAGGGAGUUCCUUAAGAAUAUCGAGAUGCUCGUUAACGACAUCUCUGAUGGUUCUGAAAUUUAUCUGCGUGAUCUAGGUAUUACCGAGCCUGCGCAUAUUCCAGACGACAGCAGCAAUGAGGAAUCAGCUACAAAUGGCGAGGAAUGGAGUGUAGAAGAAAGCCAGCUCCGAGACCUGGUAUCAACAUUCUGCUCUGUGCCUCCAGAACAGAUCGGAAAGCGCACCCUGUUCAUUCAUCUGGGCAUUGAUUCCAUUGUUGCGAUUAGGUUUUCGCAGCAGCUGCGCAAACAAGGAUUUCAGAUGUCUUCGGCUGAUGUGAUCCGAUCUGGAAGUAUCAAGGCCUUGAUGGAAAUAAAGCAGAAAGCGAAAGAGAAUAUAGGCGAAGAGUACAGUUCUAUUCCCCGCACCAAUAGAAAGCGAAGUGGGAAUGCGAGUGGCGGAGUGAACGACAGUUUGAACGGGAAUGAAGACUCCGGGGAAAAUUACGAUGGCAGAAACGAACAGUCGCGCCCCUCUACGCUCGAGUCAGACAAUAUAUCCUCCCAGACCCUCAAAUCUCAGCUUCUAUCUGCUGGGCUACUCACUGCCGAGAACGAUGUUCAGCAUUGUUAUGUGGCGACACCGCUUCAGAGUGGCAUGAUCACGCAAACUCUGUCAGUUGAUGGCAAGCUCUACGUCCAUCAUCACGUUGUAAGAGUGAUGUCUCAUGUGGACUCGACGUCACUCAAGCGGGCUUGCGUGACACUGAUCAGUAAAAGUGACAUAAUGAGAACUUCAUUCCGCAGACUAGAACGAGACGUAUCUCAGUGGAUUGCUGUGGUUCAUUCGCAGUCCGUAGCUAGAGUCCGUUUGACCAAAACACUAGACGCACGGGAAGAAAUGGAGCGUGUCGUAUCGAAGAUGAGGUUUAACGACGAGGCCGACUUCCAUCAUACUCCACUCGCGAUAAAUAUCAUCCAAUCGGACAAUGAGCGAUUGCUGUCCAUAUCUCUCCAUCACAGUUUAUAUGAUGGUAUUUCUAUCGUGAAUAUGUUCCGGCAGCUUGCUGAAUAUCUUCAACACGAGGUCGCCGUUAGAACAACUCCAUUCUACCUGGCGGCCGAGGCUAUUUCUGCGAGACAAGAGGAGGCCGUACAAUACUGGGCUACAAGCCUACGUGGCUAUGAGAGCAUUCGAAUCCCAGUCCCCGUGGGCAACGAGAUUACCAAGCCUGUUCUUCGAACAAUUGUCUUCGAUCGAGCACUGUCCACAAUGCUGGAGACUUGUCGGGAACAAGGCUUCACCAUACAAGAUGCUUGCCUUCUUGCAUUUGGCAAAGCGUUGGCCAUGCUUGUUGGUAGACGAGAUGUUACCUUUGGUCAAGUCCUCGCCGGAAGGACCUUGGCAGUGGAAGCCGCAGACCAGAUCAUCGGGCCGUUAUUCAAUACUGUCCCAGUUCGAAUAAAACUCGCCAACAAACUUGCCUUGAACAAGUCCACGAUGCGUAAUAUUCGAAGCUCGAUGACAAAAGCCAUUGACUACCAGCAUGCGUCCCUAGCCGACGUCCAGAAGCUUUGGCGCAAGCAAAGUAACCCGACUGGACCACCCCUGAUCGACAGCCUAUUCACAUUCCAAAAAUUAGAUCAGGGUAUCCGUGAAGCAACAGAAAAGUAUUGGGAGCCCAUUGAUGGCGACUCAGUCUUGGCGCCUUCAGAAUACCGGCUCAACUUUGAAAUCGAACAAAACGCGACCCAGUUGGUGGCUCGCUCGAACGCGCGCAUCACUAACGAGCAGAUCGAUGCUUUGAUGGAUACUUUCCACGAUGCACUAUUCGAUAUACUUGAAAGCCCGGCCAGGUCAAUACUUGCUGUUCCUCGAGGUCUGGUACAAUUACCUCUGACAGUGAUGAAAGAAGAAAGUUUAGACUAUGAUACCGAAGCUGUAUCGAAGUUUGCGGAAAGUAUUCGGACGGCAAUGGCAGAAGUAUGCCAGGUUCAUAAGGAUGCCAUCACCUUGGCAACCAGUAUAUUUUCUAUUGGUCUCGACUCUAUCGCAGCUAUUCAAGUCGCACAGAAAUGCCGUAAGAGUGGUGCGCGUAUCAGUGCCGCUGACAUCGUUGGUGGAAUCACUCUGGGUCGCAUUUGUGAAUUCGCUCUUCGAUCUUCAAGGCUUGUUGAAACACACGAUGUCGCACAAAGGGACCUUGUUCCAGACAAGUUGAAGACUGCUGCCUUGAAAAUACUUACGGUUAGAGCGGACCAGGUUGAGGAUGUGUUGCCACUAUUACCUGGACAGGAAUGGUAUAUUGCUGGGUGGCUAAAAUCCGGAAAGACAACAUAUGAGCCAGCCUGGUCAUACAAAGUACAAGAAACCUUGGAUUCUGGUAAGCUGUUGAUUGCUUGGUUAAAGCUCAUUGAGAGGAACCCCAUCCUGCGCACGACAAUCAUUGCUACUGAGGACGGAAGGACCGUGCAAGUGGUCCUGAGCGCUGAUACCGAAACGAAGUGGCAAGAUAACACAUUCUCUGUGGUUGAGAAUCCAUCCAGAUCUCUCCUCGAAGCUACACGUGAAACAGUCCACAGAGAAGUAAGAGCACCAUCGGAUUUUUACGUUCCUCCCAUACGUCUUCGCCAUAUCAUUGCCAAGGAUGGUCAAGGCAUUGUGCUGAUGCUACAUCAUACACUCUACGACGCCUACAGUAUGCCACGCCUGAUAUCUGAGCUCGCAAGCUUGUAUGCAGGAAAUGCUUCUAUAGACGAUAACGUUCCUUUCUCCAAGUUCGUAAUCAACAGUCUCCAUAAGAUCAAACACUCCGAUCAAGCGAAAUUCUGGAAGCAUGCGAUAGGAUCAUGCAAGUCAACGCACGUCACUAGGAAGCAGAUUUUCCAAAUUCAGGACGGAAUACGCGCACAGCAGCAGACAUUCGUACUGGUCCAUGGCUCGCCUAUUGAUAUCGUUAAAGUAGAAGCUAAAUGCAGGCAGCAUGACAUCAAUCUUCAUCACAUCGUUCUCGUAGCAUUUGCGCGCGUUCUCGCGAAUUUGACUUCGACGCAUGAUCCCCUGUUCGGCUUCUAUCAACAUGGCCGCUCAGCAUCUAUCGAAGACAUCAAUGGUCCUAUUGCCGGACCAUGCAUAAAUAUGCUGCCUCUCGGUUUACCAAAUGUCAUGGAAAUGAGACCACUAGAUGCAGCAAAGACUGUGCAGAAGAUGUUAGGCGAGCGCACCGCAUUUGAACAGAGUCGAAUGAUUGAUGUUUUGAAGUGGGCGGGCUUCAAGGGUGAUAGGCUGCCGUUUAAUGCAUUCUUAAAUCUUCUGUUCCGACGCGAUGUACUAGAUGCCGAGACUAAUGAAAACACUGGUACUAAGGAGGAAAAGGCAUUGUUUCAGCCAUUGCAUAUCGGCUUCCCAACAGACUUCGCACCUGAACAUGAGCUGUCCGGCAAGUCAGCUGUGGACGAUAUGAACAGUGUAAGCAAUGGUUUGGUAGAAAUGAUUUGUGACGGAAAUCUCUAUGUCGAUAUUGGGCCAAGGGGAGAUGGAAGUGGGUUGGACUUUGGUAUUAAGUGUGAAGGCGUGCUCGAAGUUAGCGACCAGAACACGACAGACUCUACGAGGGGUAUCAAGAAUUUCGCCGAAAUUCUUGAUGUCACAAUUGGUGAUUGCUUGGAAAGCUUAGGUGCUUGA